AUGAAAAUUAACUUAAACAAAUUUAAAGAUUUUUCUAUUAACAUUGAUUUCUUGCCAAAAAGAGUCGGAUUGGGUUACAAUUUUAUAAAAUCAAAUAUUAACAAAGAAAAACUAAUUAAAAUUAAAAAGAAAAAAACAGAAGUAAUCAAUGAAGAAGAAUCAAGUGAAUUAAUUAAAAGAUAUAAAUAA